UCAAUCAACCACUGUCACAAUGAAGAAAAAACCAGUUCGAAAAUCGAAUCCCAUUUUGAAGUUAGCAAGAGGCCUUCGUGUUUCCGACUGCGAGAUUCAAAUACGACCCAGUGACAAAGAAUGUUCCCCAGCUCCUAGAUAUAGUUCAACUAGUAAAUUCUUCACAGUCACCCUAGAAUUUGGGGGUAAAUUUGAUAUUGGGAAAAAAUAUUCUGCAUAUCUAGGUGGGAGUACAAUAAUGUUUGACUAUGUGGAUUAUGAAAGGGUCACACUUGCUGACUUUAAGUCUGUGGCAGAAUUUAAAGGGUGCAAAAAUCCUAUGAGACUGCACACAUAUGUUGGUUGUGGGAGUUUCAUGUUACUUUCAACUGAGACUGAUCUUGAGAGUGUGUGGCAAAGACAAUUUAACAAGGUUAGGGAGGUUAGUUUGUUUGUUGAAGAGCUAAGUGAAAAUACAGAAAUUGUUAAUGCACCUGAAAUUGAAAAUGAGGUUGGUGAAGAUGAUAGUGAUGAAACUUUUGAGUGGGAGAAUGAUAGUGAAGUUGACAAGUUGGAUGACAUCUUGUUUGAUGAAAAUGUGGAUGAAGUUGAGGUUGAGGUUGGGGUUGAGGCAGAGGAGGGUGAGGUUGAGGGUGAGGGUGAGAAGGGUGAGGGUGAGAAUGGUGAGGGUGAGGGUGAGGGUGAGGGUGAGACUGAGCUUGGGGUUGAGAAGGGUGAGCUUGGGGUUGAGAUUGAGGCUGAGAAGGUUGAUGAGGGUGAGGAGAGUGAUGAGGGUGAGGAGAGUGAUGAAGAUUUAAAUCAGGUCGUGGAUGAGGUUGCUGAGUUUAUGGCUAAGAAUGGUGGGUUUGAUGCUGAUGGUGGUGUUGGUGGGGAGAGUGAGGAAAGUGAGGAUAGUGAGGAGAGUGAUAAUGAUAUUUUGGAUUGGGAGUAUGACAUGGAAGCUGACAAGGUAGAUGACAAGAUGUUUGAUGAUAAUGCGGAUUUUGAUGCUGAAUGGUUGCAUGGUCAAGGGGAAGGUGUUAAGAAAUGUGCAAAUGAUGCAAAGGUUAAAAAUAUUACAUCAAGAUGGCUUGCUGGUAGAUAUGCUCAUGAGCUGCAAAGUGAUCCUGAUAGAAAGAUUAAGGGUUUUAGCGACAGUAAAGCUAGAAGGAUGACAGACAAAGCUCCUGCAAUAGGAAUUUCAACUCAAGAAAGUGUUGUAACUGGUGAAGGCCAAGCCCACAAGAAAAGAAAGGAAGGGAAAAAACAAACCACAGUCCCAAAAUUCAUUCAAGCACCUUCAAUGUACAAUCAAUAUACUUCUGCUCAGUUGGGUCCAACUUCUGGGGUGAACAUUAGAGGGCCUCCUACAUUUCAGAAGUACAUAUCUGUGUCUGAGCUUAUAUCUGGCAUGAACAAUCCAAAGAAGAGUGAUGAUGGCAGAGGAAAACAGAAAUUACUUUGUUUUGCUGUGAAUGGUUUUGCUGUGAAUGGUUAUGGUUAUGGUGUGAUGGUGAAAAGUUAA